GCUGACGUACGGACAUUGCGCGCGGUCCGAACAUUCGUGAAGGUGCGUUUUCUCAGCAUCAUCACCGUCACAUCAAGAGACAGGCAGCCUCCCGGAAAAUAAAACCAUCACGCUGCACGAGACGAGGGGACGUUAUGUGAUCGGCAAGCGUUGAGGGAGCGCAAUAUUCUGGAAUUGGUUCGUUGUGUAAACUUCCUGCACAAACAGCCUGGGAUGUGACAGACAGGGGUGCCAUUGCUCUCCGAUGACAAGUGGACUGUUUUUACACCAUCCUUCUAAAUAAGGAAGCAGGGCUGUCAGACAUAUGACCACCGUCCCGAUUUGGGCGCUGCCAGAGUGCCCAUCGCAUCCCAUGAUCGCGCACAAGCCGUCCAAUAAGGCUCAGCGUGCGACCCCCAUUUCACACGUGGAGUGACAGCAGCGUCCCAUCAUCAUCAGACCGGCCAGUUCUUCUCGCCGCUUGCAACUUUCUCUCUUUCUCUCUCUCUCCCUCUCUCUUCUGCCUCCCCUCCCCAAUAUGAUGUCAUGUAAGGGUGGAUUCUUGAGGUGAGAUAGAGAUUUUGAUGAGUGGCAUUCUCCACGACACGAGGCUUCGGAGCUGCAAAACAUGAUCAUCACCUUCUCCACCUCAAGUUGUGUCUCUGCGCUCUCUGCCCGUUCUUCUGCUGCUCUCAUCUCGGGCCACCGUCGUAUGCCCGAAGUCCUGACCUGCCUCGCUAAAUUAAGCCUGCACCACCAUGCCGAGGGAAGAAAAACUAGAAGAGGGGUAUUUUUAGUGCCAUUAAUUUUGACCACGUGCCCCGAAGGUAAACCCGAUGGCCAUUGCGCAAAGGUUCCUCAUCAGUAUGUCCUGCGAGGCCAACGCGCAACACUGGCCAAGGACUGCCGUUCUGCUCUUGGGAUUGCUCCUAGUUGGGAUUGUGUCCUCCAGUCCGCUUCCGAGUAGGACUAACAGGACAACUUUAUUGGAGAAGCGAUGGGAGAGCCUGUUCUCCCGCUCCGUGCUGGGGAUCUCUGGAGAGAGACCGGAGCCAAACUGGGAGAAUGACUAUUUGCUGGGCAUCAAAAGAGUGCGGAGGCUGUACUGCAAUGUAGGCAUCGGGUUUCAUCUUCAGGUCCUCCCUGACGGCAAGAUAAACGGUGUACAUAAUGAGAACCAGUACAGUCUCAUAGAGAUCUCCACUGUGGCCAGAGGAGUGGUUAGCCUGUACGGAGUGAAAAGCAAGCUGUUUGUCGCAAUGAAUAGCAGAGGAAGGUUGUACGGAACGGCUACCUUUAAAGAUGAAUGCAAGUUCAAGGAGACCCUGCUGCCAAAUAACUACAAUGCCUACGAGUCCUCCAUUUACAAGGGAUUCUACGUCGCUCUCAGCAAACACGGCCGAGUGAAGCGAGGCAACAAGGCCACCACCUCCAUGACGGUCACCCACUUCCUCCCUCGAAUAUGAGCAGACUCUUGCAAUAGUUCUUCAUUUGCACUGGUCUCCCCGAGAGAUCUGAAAACUGACACACGAACAUUUAAAGGAACUGCAAGAAUAUCACCAAAAUAGUACUUAUUCUUUUUUUAUAUGUAUAUUUGGAUAGGCCAGCUUUUUAUCAGAAUCUCUGAAUAUGCUAUC